CUACUGGUUGUUGGAGCAGGUUAGGCCAAUGUGUACACAUGCAUUUAAUCGUGGUCUCUCCACUUGCUGCAGAUAUGUCUCCGUAAACUGUUUCUUACGACGUCUGUUUACGCUAACAAUAGGCCCGGACUCUCAGACCAGAAACAAACAAACUUGAGUCGCUAGGAAAGUAUGAAGCAGUGAUUUAUCAUAACUCUAUCCUUCCCAUCUCUUCUCCAUGCUGGUGCAUAGGGCCAGUACUUAGUGACAAGCCGAUGGCCACGAAGCAUGAAAAGAGCCACCGUAUGACACAGAUUGAAGCGGAACAUUGAAGGGGCUAGUCGCGUAAUCUGUAGGGCUGUAAGAGCACUACGAUUCAUUAUGUACACAUGCAUUUCAUCAGACGGGACUUGACUCUCUAUUCAUGGGGGCAAAACACAAUGACGACAGAAGUAGGAACUUCUAAAGUGCUGGGUGGUUGACUCCCUCUAAGGCAGGAAGCUGACGGGCUAUCUCACCGAGAUCUAAAGGCCAGGCGAGCUGAGGAAAGUUGGCAGUGCAUGAGUAGAGACUCGCUUGAGAGGAAGAGUUGGGAGUCACUCAGGCCUUAGUUGAAUGUAGACCAGUCGGUAUCCCUGACAGGGUCCAGCUCCCUGACCUUUCCUUACUGCCUAAGGGAGAAGCCAGUGCACUGAUUGUCCUGCGUGCUGUUUACUAUGUGCAGCUACCUAGAGGUGUAGUGGCUGUCAGUGGGACUGCGUGGUUCAUUGGUGGGAGGUGGAGCCAGGCAUGCUGUGUAUAAGCCCUGCUCAUCUAGUGAUAUAACAGGCAAUCGUCAGCACGAGUGGGAAGCUGCCUGGCUUGUUAGUCCACAACAGUAACACUGGCACACUCUGGGAUCAUACCUCCGGAUCUUACGUUUGGUGCACAGUAGCGUUUGUGGCAGCUGUGUAACUGCCGUUAUUGGGAUAUACUGGAUAACAAGUGUGACACCAGCACUCCAAGCACUGCUUGACUGAUAAACUCCUGGUCCAGGUGCCCCUUCUCCAAUGAGAGCAGUGCCCCGACAGAGGUAGUCUGGCGCUACUAGCCACGGCUGUAAAAUGUGGCGGUGGCAGAAGGAUGAAGCGAUUCAGUGCCCCGCCCUUGUCCACGCCCACACAGUACCCUGAUCCUUCCAAGCCCCCCACGGGGGAGGCGGAGGAUGAGGCCUCCCUCAGUGAUGGAAGCAAGAAAGUCAAGACGGCACAGUCGUUCGAGUCCUUGUUUGACAAUGAGACACUUAGUGAUGUGGUGCUCAACGUGAACAACAGUCAGUUCCUAUUCCAUGCUCACAAGAUGAUCUUGGGUAUGAAGAGCGAUGUUCUUGCAACGCUGUUGAACAACAUGGCAAUUGUUGAGGGUCAGAAGCCUGUGUUGUUUAUCGCAGAACCUCAAGAGUGUUGUCUGGUCUUCAGUAGAUUCUUGUACUUCAUCUACAGUGGUGCGGUCUGGCUGCAUCGCGAUUACGUCAUCCCGCUGUACAAGUUGGCCGAGAAGUAUGCAGUGCGUUCAUUGUCCUCGCACUGCGAGAGCUACAUACAUCAACUAUUACAGAAUGGUGUUGGGGCAAACGGUGAAAGUACUCGUGCAGGGUUUGCUGUUGAAACAGUCUGUGAUUUAUGUGAAAAUAACACUAGCUCUGAGGAGAUUCAUAAUAUAUCCUACAGCAUUCUGUGUUCGAGGUUCAAAGAGCUUGCACGCUCGGAGAGAUGGAUACAAUGCAGUUGGGAAAUAGUUCGAGAUUUAAUCAAAAGUGAUGAGUGCAAUUCCGAGGAGAACCUUAUCCUCACAGCAGCAACUGACUGGAUGAAGAAGAACAAUCUUCACUCCAAAUGCCAGAUUGAGGACAUCUUGUCCAACAUUAGGUACCCACUACUCAACAGACGGGUGCUCUAUCAUCUGCAGAAGAACAGUGCUUUCAAAAACUUCCCCUGCGUGCAGGAUCUGGUCAACACUGCCAUCAAGUAUCACGCUUUCAAGGACAUUCCUGAGGCAAAGGAUGACUUUACUGGCGUCCAGUUUCAGAGGCGUUCCGGCAGGCAGACGUCAUCUAUACCUGCCUCUGCUACUGCUAGUUCUCUGGCCUCAGAGACAGACUGUAACCUUGUACAGACUUACGGGCAGGCCUUUCCCCCUGCUCCUCAAUGACAUAGGGUAGGGUGAUUCCAGGAAGCACAUGAAUUGUGUAGGGGAGGGUUGAAUGGUUGAUUCACAUUGUAGAAGGAGACAAAGGUUGGGAAGUUUCAGGGCAGAAUGAUGGAGGUAUGGGACAUUUGAGGGAAACGUGAUUAAGAUCAACUAAACAUCAUGGCAGGAUAGAAAUUGGUGAUGUGUGAUUUUGGAUAACAACAUUAUAAGGGAAGAAAUUCAUGAAGUAAUAGCUUUUGAAAUGAAGCAUGAAAAAGUCAGGGGAUCCUUGUCAUUACUCCAAUGCCAAAAGUUUAGGGGAUCCCUAAAAUAAAAUAUCAGAGGACCCCAGAACUCUUUGAAAACUAAAACAUGGCAUUUGGUACAAUAAAAUGUGCAUAACGAACAUGAAAAUGGCAACAACAGAAAUGGAAGGUAGGAGAUGAGACACUGAAACAGGUGCCUUUGUACAAAGCGAUCUUAGCGCUAAGGUGAUCGUAACUCUCAUACCUUAACAUAGACUUACGACAACAACCAGAUGAGUAAAUGAAAGUGUAAGUUAGCAAGAUAGAGGUCGAGAAAUUCAAGGAAGGUUGCCAUAUUUGGAGGAUUGGGGAAGUUACAUCAGAACCCUGUUCUACAACACUGACUGGUACAGUUCCAUCCUCUAUAGAAGAAAGGCUUUGUUUGUUCAGGAUGUAAAUAUAUAUUUGACGUAACUGCCAUGCCCUGGUGGUAAGGUUGGUCAGCAGUCUCAACUCUCAUACCUUAGGGCAUCAUGGUGAUAAUUUCGUCUAUCGGCCCAGAGAACAUAUUUCAAGUGCAAGACCGAGGAUGGGAUGAAAAGUGCGCCUCAAAAUUCGUGAUAGAAAUACACUACAUGUUGUUUGUGUCAAGAUUUGAGGGAUUUAUUUAUUCCAGAGACAUAAAGCAUUCAGAAGGACUGAAUUUUUAAAAUAUCUUUUCCGCCAUUUUACGUCAUCUUGUGAGUUAUCCUUGUCACUUGUCACGCCACCAGGAACUGUAAUCCGGGUUGCCAGGAUGUCUACAUCGCCCAUGUCAACGGCAAUAUACAUGACAUUUAUGAGGUUUUAUUGCCUUUCACAGCAAAAACUGAUACUGUCAUAAUCCAAGCUUGGCAUGACUUACCAACAUAUUCAUCACCAAAAACUUCCGUCAUUGUCACAAGCUUAUUGCUUGGUAGCACAGUUCACCAUAAUCUUAUUUUACCACUUCUCUACUCAUAAUAUACACAGAGUCUGUGACCUAAACCACUAUCCUUAAUUCCAGUGUAGCAAUACUUCGGUCAGACUAGUAAACUUUGCAAUGUUGUAGAUACAAAUGUGUUGACAAUUAUUCCAAAAGUGUGGGAUAGUACGCUGAAACAGACUGUACAUACUAGUGAAAUGACUAGUCAGCAAUUCUGGAUGUCAGUUUCACAUCUUUGCUAUCUUCUUUAUUCUCCAGCCAAGGUGGUAAUGAAUUCACAUCUUUGUGCCAUUCGGCUUUAAGAAAUUGUAAAUAAAAUUUUCAAAACCAUAAAUAGCUUUUUAAACUUUUACACAGAACAUUUUUCUUAUCAAUACUUAAUUGGCAUAAUUAACCUAGCAAACAUUACAAUUAUGUGAAUGUUUGAAUCUGAGCAGCGUUUGGGUAUUGUAUAAUUUAUGGGACCAAGCUAAAAGGUAACGUGCCAACAUCCCAAGUUUGCUGUACAUCUUUUGCUCAAGCAAGAUGAAGACAUGUUAGUUAGUUAGCUCCCUAAUUUCCUGGUCUGAGUGUCAGUUGUUGACAUUGAGGUUUAUGUGAUGCCAUCUGUUAAUGUCUAUGUCAUUCUGGAAAGAAUGCGUGCUGCAAGAGGCCACAGUAAAUGUUAUUGUUUUAA